CUACGUCAGACGUUGUGGCAGAUAGCCGUCAUGUUCUGAUGAUCGGCAUAGAUUCAUUUGUAUUUUUACUAAAUUUGUACGUAGUUAAUCAAUUAACCUAGCGUCAAGUGUUGUACUCAACAUAGUACCAAGUCAAUGUGUGCCUGUUUAGAUCAAGCAUAGGUUUGGGUGUUAUGUUUGUCGCUUUAUAUGGUAACCUAAACAUUAGCGAAGCUAGCAAGCAAGCUAACUUUACGUUUUAAGGCUGGCGUUAUACGUUGUUAAAGUUACGUCAAUUGUGUCAAACGUUAGCUCGCGUGCACAUAUUACUGUGAACGAGAGGUAACGUUAUGCGACCCGGUAUUGGUCUACCGUUAUAGCUCACAGUGUGUUCAUAACAACACGUCACCAAACAGCGUCGCCUGUUAGAGAUGUCAGGACGUGUGUGCGCCAGUGUCCUUCAAAGAGCUUCAAGCUACACGUUGACACUUUCCAGCCCCACUGCCCCACAGACUCGACCAGCCCACCAAAGUAACUACUCAUCCUGGGGUUCCUCCAGAUCAGACAAGUUGUGCCUCACUGCUAAGGACCCAGGGAAUCGGCCUCAAAGUAGGCGGCACCUCUCGACUCGUCGGAAUCUAGACUUCCAGCUCAGCAGGGUUCAAAUCAACAGUAUUCUGCGAUCUAAUGAGCAGAUUGUAAGUGUGCCAGAGUUUGAUGGCAGGGGACUCAGUGCUGUCAGAAAGUUUGAAAGCAACCAGCUGGCUGCUAACACUCCCAAUGAAGACCGUCGCAGUGCAGCCACCUGCUUACAGUCAAAGGGCAUGCUCUUUGGAGUGUUUGAUGGCCAUGGGGGCUGGCCGUGUGCCCAGGCUGUGAGUGAGCGUCUGCUGUACUACACUGCAGUUGCAAUGAUGUCAAAGCAGAGGCUGGAGGAGCUUGAGACAUGCAUGGAGGAUGGCAGAGCUGUUCCUCCCAUCUUGCAGUGGUACAAACACCAUGCAGACUUUAACUAUCAUGAAUCUGCUUCCCUCUACAUUGACCACCUCAGAGUCUUCUGGCAAGAAUUACUAGACAGUGAGGAACAUGGUGAAGGCAUGAGUCCUAUGGAUGCUCUGGACUGCUCUUUUAAACGGCUCGACGCUGACAUAUCCUUGGAGGCUCAAGUCUCUCUUUACAAUGACCUGAUGAAAAGCACAGCCAUCCAGGUUGCGUUUGCUGGAUCCACUGCCUGUGUGGCUCAUGUUUGCACGGACGGGAUCCAUGUGGCGAAUGCCGGUGACUGCAGAGCAGUAUUGGGGGUGCUGGAGGAGGAUGGAUCUUGGAGUGCUUUGCCUCUCUCCCAGGACCACAACACACAGAACCAGGCUGAAGUGGAGCGGAUCAAGACCCAGCACCCGACCUCAGAGAGAGACACAGUGGUCACAGAUGACAGACUGCUUGGGGUGUUGAUGCCACUGCGUGCAUUUGGUGACGUAAGAUUCAAGUGGAGCCUUGAGUUGCAACAGAGCAUUUUAGCCAGCCUGCAAUCUGGAGUGGACCUGGACUCUCUCAACCUGUACCAGUACACUCCACCUAACUACUUAACUCCACCCUAUCUGGAUGUGGCACCCGAGAUAACCCAUCACAAGCUGAGACCCCAGGACCGCUUCCUGAUCCUCGGCACUGACGGGCUGUGGGAUGAACUAGGGAACGAGGAGGCUGUGCGACUCGUUGGAGAGCACCUGAGUGGGAUUCACCUUCAGGCUCCUGUUUCUCCAUCUGAGAGGCAAAUGAAAUUAGGUUGGAUACAUAAACUUUUGCUAAAACGCAGGGCCCGUGCCUCCCCUGCUUUAGACACCAACGCUGCCACACACCUCAUCAGACAUGCUCUUGGCACUGGGGAGUAUGGAGAACUGAGCCAGGAGAGACUGGCCACUAUGCUCGCCUUGCCACAGGACCUAGCUAGAAUGUACAGGGAUGAUAUCACAGCUACUGUAGUGUAUCUGAACUCUGACCUGGCCAGACUGUAACACUGCUAACAGAAGGUUUUUUACAAUGCUGGACAAAGAUUUAAAAAAAAAUCAUAGUCAACAUUUUCAUCAGGUUGUUAUUUUCUGGAUAUUUAUGGACAAAAAGGAUGAUCAUUACCACCUGUUACAUAUAUUGGUUUGUACAUAUAUUUUGUUUAAUGACAGUUGUUGUAUUAAGCACACAAGUAAAGAUUCACUGGUCUAUAGACUUAACGUAGGUUACAUAUUCUGAACUGUUGCAUUUUUCUAAGUUAAAAUACAGUGUUUGUGGCUAAAUAAAUGUUAUCCUUCAGCAUAUUUAUAUUGGACAUUUUAUAUACAUAAAAAUGAAAUGUUUGCAGUAAUUACAAUGCUACAGAAUAAAACACUCACUCAUUUUG